ACCAAAUGGGAUGAGAAAUGGAUGCAUGCCAUGUUCCAUGAUAUGGUUUAGCAUAAUAAAAACCAUAAUAAAAAGGUGGUUCAGAUUUAAUAAAAUAAGGAGGAGUAUCCAACCAAUCACGGUCCAAAAGCAAUAAUAGUAUAUUUACGUGGCCCAUUUCAUUUUCACCAUACGUUUUAUAUCACAUCUGCUUGAGUGGUUAGAAGGAAUUAGCUGCAUAUCAUGGCUGGAAAGAACAAAUGCUAUGUUGUGUACAAAGGAAGAAAUGCUGGUAUUUACACCGACUGGCUUGACUGCCAAGAACAGGUAGUUCGUUUCAGUGGGUGUGCCUACGAAGGGUUCAACGGUAUGGAGGAAGCACCAGCUGCGUGGUUAAAGUUUUCCUCUGGUGCAAAUGAAGACAACCACAUGGUUCCGGAUGAGGCACAGCCGGUGGAAGGACUUGCAGCAGCUGAAGCGUGGAUUGCCAGUGGUGGUCCAAGUUCAAGCAACAACAUAUCUCUGGCAGGUCUUUCAUUGAACGAUGAAAGCAUGAAUGAUGAGUGGGAUGAGGUUGAAGAAACAGGCCUAGAAGACUGUGUGGUUGAGUUUAGCCUUUCAGCUCUACUUGGAAAUGUUUGUGAGGCCCUCGAGCUACCUCCCCCUGUGUGGGGAGUGGUAGACACCAAACACUUCGUAGGUGUUCCGCACCACAGGUACACGGUUGCUGUGACGCGUGGAAGGUUAUACAGGCCAAUGAUGAUGACUGGAAAGUACAACAUUGCACAUGAUAAUGCUCGCGAUAGUGCAGCCAAGCUCAUCCUGAAAAUACUGCUUAAUCAGACAGGAAAACGGGUCAAAGACUACAACUUUCAUGCAUUGGAUGACAUGCUUAGCCAGUUGAAGGUGAAGGAAGUGCAAAUUGAAGACUAUAAACUUGAGUUGGAACAGAAGGAUAACCAAAUGGCAAAGUUGGUUGCUUCGUCCGUGAAGAAGGACGAACAUAUCGCGAUAAUGGCUGAAGAGAUCGCGCUACUUGAGCACGAGGUGAGAACUAUGAAGGGGAUCCUGGGAAGAAUUCAGUAGGGUGUGUGUGCAACUAAACAUGAAGGUCAGUUUGUAAUAUUGUUGAACCUAUUAUCCUAGUUAGUUGGCUUAGUUCGUUAGGUGUCAUGUUAGAAACCACAGCUGUGGGAGCUGUAUCCAUGAAGUUGGAGCAUGGUUGUGUUUAUGGGAGUAGUUAUGUUUCAGUACCAAAUAAGUUAGGAGCUUUUCAUCAAUUAUCUGUAUGUUCUGUCUCACUAUAUGUGAGUAAUUAGUGCCUUAACCAAUCUUCCUUCAUGUUUAA